AUGCGCAGUAUACUGAUUACUUUCCUCCUUAUCUGGCUGCUGUCUCUUUCCAGUUAUGCUACGGGGGCCAAACCAAAGAUCGCAGACAGUCAAGUAGCCCACGUCUUUGAGCGAAUAUGGCUGUGGGAAAUGUAUGACUUCAUCUGUGAUAUUGAAACCCCCGUUAAGCAAGGAAAGAUCUUUCCUCAUGACAAAACAUACAACAACUGGAAACUCAAUAUAGGAAGAAAAACAAAGGAUAAAAGACUCACCUACGCCGAGUUUCAGAAACGAUUGCAGGGAGGAAACCCUCAUGACGGUGCACUACCCACAAUAGACUCUCCCGCUGAUGGAGACCCUUUCAAGUCAGCCAAACAACUACUAGACCUUCGAUGGCAUAGCGAAUUUGCACCACACGAGGUGGACCCGUCGCUCCCAAAACCUAAGGAGCCGGAUGUUGAGGGUCUUAAUACCAAGAACUAUCUGGCUCUCGUCGGCAAGACGGAGGAGGAGUAUUCACAGUUUCGCAUGGGCCUAGUGAAUAACCCUUUUGGCAAUGUAGACGAUCCAGCCCGCAUCCAACGCAUUGCGACCACUACCAAAGCUAUCCAGACCUUUCGCUACCAGAGCAGGGUCCGGUAUGUCACCAAUUCGGUUACAUCGACUGAUGAAGGAGGGCUCGGGUUGGCGAAGGUGAAAACAGAUAAACACCCGACGGCGUUGACAUAUAACGGCACACCACUAGGCCCCGCGAUUUAUGAGAAGACAAAUUAUGUAGAGACAUACAAGGCAAACUGCAUAGGCGAAGAUGAAAAAAGACCAGGCCCACGGCUGAAAGCUCUAGGAGUCAAAAGGAAGAGUGAUUUUACCCAGAUCAUGAAAGACUUUGGUCGCGACUACGACAAGCACUCCUCUCGAAGCGACAAGAACCAUCUUCUCGUGCUCAAGAGGUGGACCCAAGUUAGUGAUAAAGCUCAUUCGACAGCGGAGAAACUCAAACAAUGCCAGUGA